AGAGCAGCUGUGAUUAGGGACAAUGCAGCUGUGGUUUGAACAGUCAACACUGCAAGUGCCUGCAAAAUUUAACACAGCAGUGUGAAUUCCCCACUCAGCAGACUGUAAAACUGGAAGAUUAGAAAUUUUGCAGGAAAAGACAAACAAAAAACAACCCAGUUUCCCCCCUUGCGUGUUGGAGCAAAAUCAAGAGGUAAAGAAACCUGCUCAGUUUAUGUUGCAGAGGGUGGAGAAGCAGAGCUGGCAACCACGCAGAUCAGGAGGGAAGAGUGGGGGGAAUACGCUGAAUGGAAAAGUAAAAGCAGGAGUUUACAGCUGAAGAGGAGAAAGGUCCGUUUUAAUCUUGCUGAGUGUAGAGAAGAGAGAAAUGUAAAAGCAGAGGACAAAGAAAGGAGGGCUGAUGAAGGUGUGGACGGUUAAAUUGCAGUGAGCUGUGGAGAGCCGGCGGAGCAGAGUGGCAGCAGAACCGACUGUGGGCGGAGAGUGAGGAAGUGCGGUCAACGGGAGAGGAAUUUAAAGUCUCAUUGUUCUGGAAGAGCGGCGGCAGACGGAGUUGAGGAGCCAAGGAGACAGCUCACUGACGGACGUUGGACUACAUGGACGUGAACUCAGCCAUGGAGAAGAUGUCUAUAAAGCAGACUGCAGGAGGUGCAGGAGGAGGAGGACGUGCAGCAAUCUGUCUCAUAUGUAAAGAGAGCUGCUCUGGUUUUCAGCCACAUACUUGGAGAAAAGCCUGCACAGUAUGUGGCUGCAGCACGGUCGACCACGCUCCUGGAAAUGACCUUGAAGAUGACCAGCGAAUAGGACGCCUGCUCGCAGACUCGCCCUGCUCCCAUUUGACAGCGAAGAUUAAAGGAGGUGGUGGCCUUCGCAUGUACAAGAGAAACCGAAUGAUUGUCACCAAUCCGGUGGUGUCACGCAAAGACCCGACCUUCAACACCACCACAUAUGACUGGGCUCCUGCUGGCCUCAACCAGAAACUGGCCAUGCAGUACAUGGAGCUCCUCCCAGAGAGUCAGAGGCCAGUCUCAGGGACUGUUGGAGCGUUGGAGCGACGCAGGCAGCUCCUCAUCCAGCUCCCCGCCUACGAUCAGGACCCCAUGAAGUGUCAGAGCCUGGCCAGUGAGGAGGAGAUUUCCUCCAUGCUGCUGUUUGUGAAGCAGUACAAACAGGAAGUGCUGGGAGUAGGAGAGGUGGCCUUACCCGGUGAGGGUGAAGCUUUGAGGGAAGCAGCCAUUCAGAGGACAGCAAAGGAGGUGAAGGAACACAGCAGCAGCAAUAAGAAGGAUGCUCCUCAGCAUCAGGAUCACAGUUCAUCUAACAGCAGUGUCGCCUCCCCCACAAAUGGGACAGAAUACAACAACAAGACUGAAUAUCAUUGCACCGGCUGCCAAGGUGAAGUUACCAAGGACAGUCCUGCAGUAUAUGCAGAGCGUGCAGGUUACCACGCUGCCCUGUGGCAUCCCAAGUGCUUUGUAUGUUCAGAGUGCGGCCAGAUGUUGGCUGACCUGGUCUACUUCUGGUCCAAUCAGAAGCUGUUCUGCGGACGACACUAUUGUCAGAGACAGUGGCCACGGUGCUCGGGCUGCGACGAGGUGAGGCUUCACUCCCUGUAG